CUAUUAUUAUUAUUACUACUACUACUACUGCCGCCGCCGCUGCUGCUGCUGCUGCAUGACGCACUCGAUCUAGUUUGUAUUGGCUGCGUGCAGCGAUCAUUCACCGCCGUCAACCGCUGCCGGUCGGAUGACGUCCGGCGACGACCAGCUACGACCGAUCGGCGCGACGACUUGUCCGCCGGCCACCAGACGCACGCUGCACUCGUCGUCGUCGGCCGUGAAGAAAGUCGACGACGGCGUCACCGUGUGGGGCGUAACGGUCCGGUCCAACUGUCAGAUCGCAUUGCCCGUCUUCGGCACGCUGUUCCUGGUCGUCGGCAUAGUGCUCACAGUUAUAUCUUACGGCUGGGUAACUGGAAAUGGCGAAGACGACUCGAAACGCAAGUUCUAUACGUCGUCGAACAACGGACGAUUAUUGGGACCUAUAUGUUUGGUCGUAUCGAUCGUAAUGUUCGUCGCAACAGCUGUACUCCGGACAAUCAGUACGAAAGCCCGCUUCCGGCAAACUCGGGUUGGAUUUCACUGUCCCGUCCACGGUGACUUCUUUCCAAUCAGUCCUGGUCCUGAUCCGAGGAAAUUCUCCUUUUCUACGGAAAACAUUUCCGAAGACCCGUGGACGUGUAAUUGUUUAAAUCGAUCAAAAGGAGACUCACAGGAAACGUUGGCCAUCGAAGACUUGCCGCCGCAAUGUCCGCACAACGGCGCGCACGGGAGCAACACCAGAAGCCCGAGUCCAGUGUCCACUUGUCCGACGCCAAAACCAUUUUUGAUAUUCACAGAUUCCGUGCACGGUGCUUGUAAAGAGCUGUGCAGCGGAAACACUCUAUUUCCGGACGAACCGUUCGGAUCUAUUCGAUCUCUGUCGGUUCCAAACGAUAACCUGGCCGUGGCGUGUUUUCCCAUCGAACACAAGCCCGAACAGUACUUGAACGUACCCGAAGAUUAUUGGUCUCACAAGAGAUUGAGUUGUCCGAGUCUACCAUCGGCGGGAGACGAAUUUCCACAGCCGGUUCACAAGCCUCUAACGCCACAGGUUGUAAAGGUGACGCGCGAAAUUAAAUUUGUCACGCCUGUAGACAAGAGCCCAUGAGUAUUUGAUUAAUUCACUGUGUCAACCAUUCGUGUUGCUGUUCAGAUCGACAAUGGUUUAUAUUUAUAUUAUAUGAAUUCAAUAAUCUGUAACUUUCAGAAAUGUGAUGAAUCCGUAGCUAAUAUAGGCAUAUCAUCUAUUAUUAAGUCUAAACGCCAGUUUUUUCUACACAAAGUUGUAUGUGAUACUUAAAUAUAAACUAAAUGAUAUUCGGUAGUAAAAUUAUUUUCUUAAUAGUAUAGACUAUUAUUAUAGCUGUUAAGAAAACAAAUCAAUUAACUAAUAAUGUUAAUGUUCU